UUCAACAUGGCUACACACUGGAGGAGUUUGUUGUACUUUCGGUCAGCAACACAGGCGCUGAUCAUUUGUGCUUUCUGCCUUACUGUCAUCCACAGCCUUGGUAACGAUGUGGACACCUGUGAUAAACUCCGACUGGGACAGUAUCUGUGUAAAGAACCCAAAAUAGAGGAUGCGACUCAAGAGCCAGAGAACUGCAAGGACCGCUUGGCCUCAGUGGAAUGCUUACCUGCUCCAAACGUCAGAUGCCGCUUGUCAAAUGGGACGGUGUUCGAAUUCGGUGGUGAAGAGGUCGGAUUCACCAAAAGCAUCCCAUGUCGCAAUGUGAGUGGUUACUCAUACAAAGUAGCUGUGGCUCUAUCACUCUUCCUGGGAUGGAUUGGGGCAGACCGGUUCUACCUGGGAUACCCAGCUCUGGGCCUGCUGAAAUUCUGCACUGUGGGAUUCUGUGGCAUUGGAAGCUUAGUGGACUUCAUGUUGAUAUCCAUGCAGAUCGUGGGACCGUCAGAUGGGUCGGAUUACAUCGUGGAUUACUACGGGGCACGCCUCACUCAUCUCUCGAUAACAAAUGAGACCUUCAGAAAAACUCAGAUCUCUCCUUGAAUACGCCAGGUGGAUCCAUACAAGAUGACCCAACAAAUGUACAGACACGUUCAUGUAAACCUCGUCUUUUCAUUGGAUUCGUUUUUGCCGUGUCCAAACAUCAAGGCACAUGAACAUGCCAGAUUAUUCUGUGGGAAAGACAAUAGUCUACGUCUGGAGUUUUUUAAUAUGUCUCAUGUAUGUGCUGAGCUAAUGUUGGUCCCACUGCGCCAAGCUCUUUUCGGAAGGUCAAACUUUUUUCCCCCUCACUUCCUCCAUUUUCUCCAUCAGUCCAUCAAUCAUCGGCCUCUUCCUUUGAGUCGGGGCUUUGAAUGCCAUCCAUAUUUUAUUCCUUUUCACUGCCAUCCAUUUUUCAAGCUACAUGUUGUUGGACAUUGUGUGAUGUUUUGAUGUUAUUUAAACACUUUAAAUAAAUUUUUAAUAUUUAACUCGGAUCUAUUCUCUGCUUUGUUAGUAGACAUUAGUGUUGGGAAGUAACUAACUAAAAGUAGUGCCACUACUUACCUAACAUUUUCCUGUAGUGUUAUUAUAGCUCGGCUGUUUUUAAAAUAGUGUAGCUUUUCCAGUAACAAGUUACUUUUCUCUACAUGUAGUGGUGAAGAGAGACAAAACACUGCAUCUCUGGCUUAAGGUUACGUUGUGCACAAGUGAGCAGAGGCAAUAAUCAAAACCCGUCUUAUUCAUUUCAGUGAAUCAGUUUGUGUGGAUUGUAUGUUUUAGGAAAUCGGGCAAGUAAAUGCAUUAGCUAGUUUGUUCAUGAUACCCAAUGCAUUAAGUAAUGUUAACAAACAGAACCCUAUUGUAAAGUGCUUAUUGCUUACUUAAUCCAUUAUUAUUCGUAUCUUUUUACAUGGCACUUACAGAAGUAUUA